GUUUAGGGAUAGUUCAGUAUUCCGACACAUUCAUGUAGUAACAGCUGUUGAAGCGAGAGUUUAAUUUGUAUUUUAAAACGUCUCACUAGAGAUAUGGGGUAGUCGCAUUUGUUUUAGAGACAAGUAUUCGACAUUCGCAUGAUUUUCAAACAUGUUCGCUUCUUCUAAACGUGGUUUGUUCCAGUCGGAAGAAUGUUCCGGUAAUGGAAGUCAUUUUUUUGCUCUAAAUAACAUUAAAACUACAAAACGGCACGAAGUCAGCGAGAGUUUGCUAAGUUUAGCAAAUGAAGAAGACGACGAUGUACACUUUGACACUUCAGACACAGAUAAUAACAACGAGGUGUUGAUGGCUGGUCAACAUUAUCCGUCCAUCCAUGAGUUUGCCUCUGCCAUUCCCAACCAUCUACUCCUGGGAUCGCUUCUGGAGCAUCUGUGCUUUGUCUAUGAGAGUAACCCUUCACGGGCACAUGUGCUGUUUAAGGUCAUUGGCCAGCGUUUAGCAGCCAUGAACCUCCUCUCUCCACUGGCCAUAAGUGAUGAGUUCAGCACAGUCAGACUGCAGCACAACCGGGCCUUCACAGAGCUGCUUAAUGCUGCCACUUCUUCAUUGUACCCACAGAAUCUUGCUGCAAGCCCACACAAUCCUUCUGUAAGGCCAAAAGAAGGACUAUUUCAGGCUCAGACAUCACGAUACAUCAGUGAGUUUGAAGAAAUCUGUCGCCUUGGUAAAGGAUCAUAUGGGCAUGUUUUUAAGGUGAUGAACAAACUGGAUGGACAACAUUAUGCUGUGAAGAAAAUUCUAAUCAAAAAAGUGUCCAAGGAUGACUGUAUGAAGGUGCUCAGGGAAGUAAAGGUGUUGUCCAGUCUUCAUCAUGUCAACGUAGUUGGUUAUCACACUGCUUGGAUGGAGCAUGUACAACCGACUGCAAGUCCUACAGAGCCUCAUCUGCCUGCACUGGAGUCACCUGCAGAACGUGACAGUCCUGGUGGGCAGAGCCCUGACAACAGCAGCCAUGGCUCCUCCAUAGUUUUCCAAAGCCUCAGUCAAGAAACUUCAGCUGCUGCUGCUGCCACCGUAACAAUUGAUGACUCUGAAAGCGACAAAAAAUCAGUCCAAGCUCUAGUCCCAACUCUAGAUGUGGGCCAGAUAGUGUGUCCCAAGACCAGACAUGGCAUACCUGAGAACUUUGUUCCCUGUGUCUUCCUGGGAAAGAGGACUCCCCUGAAAAGCUCCAAAUGUCCUGCCAUGGGCUGGGACAGCUCUGUGUUGUUGGAGGAGGAGUCCAGCAGGAGCAGCAUGGAGCUGAACAACAACUCCUGUAUUGACAAAGACUGUUUGCAGUGGACUGACCAGCGCUCACACAAGUCUUCUAAUGAUGUGCAGUUCCAGCUGAUGCUCUACAUCCAGAUGCAGCUAUGUGAACGUUCACUGAAGGAGUGGAUCUCUGAGAGGAACGCCAGGCCCAGGGGUGAAGGAAACAAAGGUCAGAUACUUUAAAAAUACAACAUUUGUCUUGCAUUAUGUUAUGUCAUGGCAGAUAUGAGGCGCCACCACAGAAGGGCACCAAAGCACAGUUUGACCACACCUGCAAAAACGUUAAAAGCAGCAGGUCUUUGUCUUAAUGAAUGUCACCACCUUUGGAGUGUGUUCAUGUAAAUGAUCUGCCUCUCACAGAGUGUUACAAUCCAAAAUACUUUUAUUACGGUACCUUUUUUUUCUCAGUAGGUCAACACUCCUUGUAACACUAUGAUAUUUAGCCUGGAGGUUGUGGCAAAAAAAAGUCAUUUUUCAUUGGAUACAAAGUUAAACGGAUUUUGUUGAAAGAUUUACUUUUCUGCUUUCAGAGGGAUGUGUUACUGGAUAGUUUACUC